CCAUGGCAACGCUUAAUCUUGAUCCUAGGCUAAAUCGUAUGCGAUUCGAAUUGGUCCCAGCAGUAGUAUCAGAGCCAACAUUUUGGAAAAAUUAUUUUUAUCGCGUAUCUCUCAUCAAACAAACAGCAUUGGAUUCAAUCAAAGAUGCUGAUUUGGAAAAGGAAAUUCAUCUAGAAGAAUCAGAACAAUCUAAAGAUACUCAAGAAGUCGAUGAAAAACAAGUUGAAACAAAAGAGAAUAAAGGUAAGGAGGAAGCAUCUAAUAGUGAAGUAUUAUUUGAUUCCUCCAAGUCUGGUGAUGAUUCAGACUCUUGGAUAAAUGAAGCAGCUGAUUUAGAGGGGUUAGACGAUGGUGAUGUAGAAGAACCAGAGAAUUGGGAAGAAGAGUUAAAAGAAUUAUC